UCCCAAAAUAUACGGCCCCUUUCGCGUUUGGAUUCUGGCACAAGCUUCCCGAUUCUUUCUCACGCACACGCCCGGCUCCUCCACGAACGUCACGAUAUAUGAGCGCCUAGUUAGGGUGCCUUACAGCACUCAACAUCGAAUUACAAAUCUUUUGGCCGUCGCAAUAUUGCUGGAAGGCCAAAAUGUCCCGUCACCAGUACAUUCGCAAGUUGGACUACGAAGACGCGCUAGACGAGUACGAGGGCUACUCCGAAAAUGAGGAGGAGGAUGAGCUCAGUCCUGAGGAUCGGGCGUUGAUGAGCCAAGGCACUGCUGAAGUCCAAGCGGCCCUUGGAGUUGAGGCUUCCAAAGUUACCGUCGCUCAAAUCGAGGAGGCAUUGUGGCAUUACUACUACGACGUUGACAAGUCAGUCGCCUAUCUCAUCUCCAAAUAUGUCAACCCCCGUCCCAAAGCGACCAAACCGGCAACUCGGCCACCUAAUGGUAAGUCUGUCACUCAUACAUUUGAACCUACAGCGGCAACCUUUUCCCUCGAACUCGGCAAACCGGUGCACUGGGCGGCGAAGUACGUGGACCUGACAGACGCCGGCCUUCAAGCAACGCAGACAUGUCCGGAAAGCUCGACUCCAUCUUUCCAAAUGACAAGGAGCUUGCCACACUUUGGCACCACUUCCCAUGUCCUUCAACCGGCCUCUGAGACUCGAGUGCCGCUAUCAAGCCUCUUCUGGGACAUGCCGUGGGGUAACGUUCCGAAGGAAAGGCAGACUAUUCUUGUCCCACCUUUGGCGCCUCGUGGUGGGCUUCUCGGCGGUUCCGGCGGGCCACCAAAGAUGUCCAAGCUGCAAGCUCUCGCUGCUGCUCGCAAGAAGAAAGCGGAGGAAAAGAAGGCCGUCAACGACAAAGUGGAAGGGGCGCGAGCAAAGAUGGAAGAUCUUGCCGUUGAAGACACACAAUGUGGGGGUAAAAGUGUCCCCUCGAAUGGAUUGUCCAACAAACGUCUCAAAACCUCGGAUCCAAGUCCUGAGGGGCAAUCUGUGCCCGUGUUCGGGCCCAAGCCAACACGGUUAAAAGCAUCACAACCGCUUGAUGUUGGGGCGGCGGCCCCGAGUGGCCAGUUGCAGGCUGUCACGGCCCAGGCUGCAGAAUCAGAGCAGCCAGUCUCCAUGGCCGAACCGUCCACAUUUGCACAACUCCUCUGCGGGGAACCAUCUGCUGCCCACAGGCGAAGGACUCCAGAAAAAGCCGUAUUUGUCGGCUUCGGAUGUGGAUAUGGGGUCGAUAACAAGGGGGAGCCACCCAAAAAACCGUCAACCAGUGUCGAUUGGUUCGACAUUCGCAAGCGCAAAGCCGACGACUCGGACGACUUUGAGGAGGUGGUUGUGCUCUAUCCAAAUCUGCCUCAGUCUGUCAAGGACGUCUUCGCCCAGCCCAGUCCGGAUGACAUAGUUCUUGCGGCUCAGGCCAAGGCCAAAACGAAAGCUGGAGCCAAGACAGCUGAAGCCCAGCCCAAGAAGAAGGGCACCCCAUCUACAGACGCUGUCACAGCCGGAGUGGACGGGUUGAAGAUCAGCGAUGCUCCGCUGCCAAAAAGCAAGAAUCUUAAUGUCCUCUCCGAGUUAGAAAAAAGCAAGCCGAAAAGAAGCGCCAGCUUCGUGGUGGUUGGGCAUGUCGAUGCCGGAAAGAGCACCAUGAUGGGCCGGCUGCUCCUCGAUCUCAAGGUCGUCGACCAGCGCACUGUCGACAAGCUCCAGAAAGAGGCAAAGACCGAAGGCAAAGGCUCGUUCCACCUCGCCUGGGUGCUGGACCAACGCCCGGAAGAGCGCAGCAGGGGGAUCACCAUGGACAUCGCCACCAGGCGCUUCGAAACGGAACGCACCGCCUUCACCAUCCUUGAUGCACCGGGGCAUGCAGAAUACAUCUACAACAUGAUAGCCGGAGCCAGCCAGGCCGACUUCGCCGUCUUAGUCAUCGACGCCAGCACUGAUGCGUUUGAGUCCGGAUUGAAGGGCCAGACCAGGGAACAUUCACUGUUGAUCCGGAGUAUGGGGGUCUCCCGUGUUGUCGUGGCCAUCAACAAACUGGACACUGUCGCCUGGUCGCAAGAACGAUUCAACGAGAUCAAGGAUCAGAUGUCUGGGUUCCUGUCCACGGCAAACUUUCAACCCAAGAACAUCGCGUUUGUCCCCGUUUCUGGGCUAUACGGUGAUAACCUGGUCCACCGAUCCUCAAAUCCGGCAGCGUCGUGGUACACUGGCCCAACGUUGAUCGAGGAGCUGGAAAACUCGGAGCCAAGCACCAGGGCGCUGGAGAAACCCUUGCGAAUGACGGUGUUCGAGGUAUACCGCACCAUGCAGAGCCCUGUAACGGUCUCAGGCCGCAUUGAGGCAGGAUCUUUGCAGAUGGGCGAUGCGUUGCUCGUGCAACCGAGCGGACAGAGGGCCUACGUCAAAUCGAUUCUGUCCAAUGACGCACCCGCUGACUGGGCAGUCGCCGGCCAGAACGUGGUGCUCCACCUCAGCCAGAUCGACCCGAUCCACGUCAGGGAUGGAGACAUCAUAUGCGACCCAGCGAAGCCGGUUCUCCGCGCUGAUACCUUCACAUUGAAGGCGCUGGCUUUUGACAUCUUGAUGCCCAUGCCGGUCGAGGUUCACAGGGGCCGCCUGAACCAGGCCGGCAGGAUCGCAGCCAUUCCGGCGCUCUUGGACAAGACAUCUGGAACAGUGGUCAAGAAGAAACCGAAGAUAGUCAAACCCGGGAUGGUGGCGAGGAUCGUGGUCAAGCUGGAGUCGCAGAUACCGCUAGAGGCGGGGCAAAGAGUGGUUCUGAGGAGUGGCGGGCAGACGGUAGCCGCUGGGUUGUUGGAAUAGAGGUACACCUCUUCCAGCAUUAUUAAUCCUAGUGCGAUACAUGCCCCA